CUUUAUUAUCACCAGGAAUAUAUGUAAAUCUAUUUUUACGUAUAAAGCAAUAAAUCACUUUCGAAUCAAUCGAGUCAGUUAAAAGCCCUAAGCUAAUUUUACGUACUACGUAUAUUUUGUUAUUUCGUAUGUUGUGUGCACCAGUUUAUAGGACCAUCAUAUCUCUUGGGUGAUAUCUAGUUGUCUUCCAGAUCGUUUCAUAGCAACAUUUGAUCUUCAGAUUACAAUAUGAAUCGUCAUGAGAAUAUCGUGUGCAAGGGCUGCGGCAAAAUGGACUUCACAGGACGUUGUUAUCGCUGCCUCAGCUGCCAGGACUUUAAUAUGUGCGCCGAGUGCUAUGACCAUGAUUUUACCACCACUCAGCAUCUAUUCGAUCAUCCGGUCAAGUGUGUGUUGACGCCAGCCGAUGUGGAACUCUAUUUUGGUGGCGAAUAUCUAAACGAUCCGCCGCAGAGCUAUCGCUGUCCAUACUGCAAGCAAUGGGGCUACAAUGAGUCCACAUUUUUGGAGCAUGUCUCCGCCGAGCAUAUGAAUGCCAGCACACUGCUAGUGUCCACCAUGGUUACGCUCUUCGAGCAACAGCAGGCGGUGCGUCUCUUUCUGGAGGAUGAGCAGCUGGCGGUGUUUGCAUCGGCGGCCACAUCGCGCAACGAGCUAAUGAAUCGCAACGAGGGCUCACUGGAAUUGUAUCUGGAACCAUUGAAUCCGAAUGGCAGCUAUCAGCGGGAUCACGUGAACGGAACCUAUGCCUUUAGAGUCGUAAAACCUGGCGCUGUUGAAGUGGCGCCUUGGGUCGCCGACGGUGGCGUCGCCUUAUCGUCAUCGAAUGCCAAUCACAAUGUGGACAAUAAUUUUCUAAUCCCGGAUCCGGUGCGUCGGCAAUCGUUGCUGGAGCGAACGCGCAGUCGCUUGAACUUGGAUCGGUCGCCGUUGACGCUGCAGCAGUUGCAGCAACAGCAUCAAGAGCAGGACCAACAGCAGCUGCAACAAAUGCAGCAGCAGCAGCAUGAACUGCACCAGCAACAACACCAGUUGAGAUCCGCGCAUCCAACGCUCUCGGAAAUGAUGCGAUUCAAUGAGCCUUUGCCCACCAGUCGACCGAAUCGCAAUGUGCCAAUGCAGUCGCCCAAUCAAACGCCCAGCGGACGCAGUAUCAAUCUCUUUGGUGCCCACACAGCGGGCGAAACCAUGAGACGCAGCAUCUUUUCGCCAGUCGAUUUGACGCGUCCACGCAGCCAGCGCCAUCGCAAUCAGCGCAUGCAGAUGGAUGGAUUCGCCACCAGCGGCAGCGGUCUGCGUCAGGUUCAUGUGCAGCGUCUAAGAGGCGGACCCGGAGCGCCAACUGCAAAUCAACGCCUGGUCGAGUUCAGUGAACUGGCUCACAACACCGCUGAACUGAUGAUGGCCUCGGGUCCUAUGUUAUUGCGCACCAUCGAGGAGGAGGAACAACAACAGGUACAGCAGCCAAUAGUUGAGGUCAAAAAAGUGGAUCAGGAACGCGAACGUUUCCUUUGCUUUCCCUUUCUGUCGGACACAUCCAUGACUCUGUGCCCACCCGAAGAACGCGUCACAUUUCUGGCUAAGCGCGCCGAGUUUGUUGCCCAGCUGCUGGCAUCGGUUCUCUGCGAGGAGGAACUAUCCACAGGCAUUGCCACACCCAUCAAGGCGAUGACAGAAACAACUACGAUCACGACACACAAGUUACGCAAUCGUUUGGCCAGUGAAUUUGUUGGGGCUGGCGACUCUGAACUGGACCUAAAGCACACUACGUCAUGCUAACACACAGUAAAGAGUAAAUACAACUAUUUGUACUCGCCACAGUUCUCGACAAUUUGAUACGUGAUUAUGCAGCACAGCAACAACCAAUCUCCUUUCGUUCCAUUUAUUACUAGGCACAAAUUUUGGAGUCUUCGGCCCUGUUGAAUGUUUUCGGAUCCAAUGGUUAAAGCCUUUUAGGGGCCAGCCAAAUAAAUUGCAAUUGUCCUAGGUAGUUGCGUGUUUGAUAUGGAUUAUACUGAGCCAAGUAACACCAAUGCAUUAUUCAAAUCAUAUCAAAUAAAGACGAAGCUGUAACCAGCUGUAGUUUGAAGUCAGUUGUUUGUGGAAGAUGCAUAAUUUAAGACUAAGCUUUCUUUAUGAAAGAAGUUUGCUCGAAAUUUCAAUAGGUUUUUUGUUCUAUACAAUGUUUAUAUGCAUUUAUACAAUUCACAAAUAUUGGGUUGCCCAAGAAGUAAUUGCGGAUUUUUCAUAUAGUCGGCGUUUAUAAUUUUUUUAACUGCUUGUGACUCUGUAAUUGCAUUCUUUCUUUUGUCAGUUAUUAGCUGUCACUAUUAGCUUGCUUUAGAAAAAAAAGUGCGCGUAAUUUUGUUUACAUUUGUUUGAGUGGCGCCCUUUUUAAUAUGGAGUCCACAAAAGAGCAUUUUCGUCAUAUUUUACUUUAUUAUUUCUGUAAAGGAAAAAGCGCAGAGAGAGUUGCUAAAAAGUUACGUGAUGUGUAUGGUGAUAAAGCCUUAAAAGAAAGACAGUGUCAAAAUUAGUUUCGCAAAUUCCGUUCUGGAGAUUUUUCACUUAAAGAUGAGCCAUGGGAUUGGAAGGGUGUGGUAUAUUUUGAGCUGCUUCCAAGGAACCAAACGAUUAAUUCGGAUGUUUACUGUCAACAACUGUACAAAUUGAAUGCAGCCAUCAACGAGAAGCGGCCAGAAUUGAUCAAUCGUAAAGAUUUAAUUUUCCAUCAUGACAACGCCAGACCACACACAUCUUUGAUGACCCGGCAAAAACUGGGACAGCUUGGCUGGGAAGCUUUGAUGCAUCCACCAUGUAGCCCUGACCUUGCACUAUCAGACUACCAUUUAUUUCGAUCUUUGCAGAACUCCUUAAAUGGUAAAACUUUGGGCAAUGAUGAGGCUAUAAAAUCGCACUUGGUUCAGUUUUUUGCAGAUUUAAGCCAGAAG